AUGGCCAUCGUCCUGAUCAAGUCCUACACCGAGACCGAGGGCAACUUCUUCCCUCCGCCAGGUACCCACUACGAAAAUGCGCCCGGCGCCCCCGUCCCCGACGACGCCGCCCCCGUCUUCAAGGCUCUGAACGCAGGCUUCGUAGAGCUCCAAGACCCCCUUAUCGCUGGCACGGUCGUUCGGACCCCCGGGCCCCCCGGCGCCCCGGGUGAUUAUACCAUCGAGACCGUCGCCCAUCACCCCGUCGACCGGCAGGAUGCCCAGUUCAGGCUGAACGAUGCCUGGCGCAAUCGUCGGCAGCCCGAUGGCAGACGCAACCCGGAUGCUGAGAUUGCCGUGCUGAACAAGGAGUACUAA